CUUCUCCAGGGGAAAAGUGUUGGGAGAGCUACAAAGUGGUGGUGCUUUUAUAAUAAUUUUCCCCCUUCCUCCUCCUUCCGCAGGACUCUUAUUCGUGCUUUGCAGAGAACCUGACGAUUUGGAAGAGGUGGUGGACAGGAGAAAAGAGGGGUUUUUAUAUAGUAAAAAAAUUCUUGCUUAUACUUUUUUUUUUUUUUUUUGGUCAGGCAGCCUUCUACCUGCUCCGUGGCAACCCCGAUCCACUUGAUGCUCGGGUGUGAGCUUAAAUUUUUAAAAAACUUCUCCUCCCCAUCCUUCAAGCAAAUUUUCCGGUGGUUGCUUUGGGGUGACCUGUCUUGUGGGGCUUUUUUUCACUUUUAAAAAGGCAGGUGAGCUGGGAUUUGGGGGGGUUAUUUUUCCAUUCCUCUUUAUCCUUCCACCUGGUGAUUUUUUUUCUUUGCCCCAAACUGUUGCAAGCUUUAAUUCUUGCAACUGAGACCAGCUCUCCCAUCACCUCAAUUUUUCUCCUUUUUUAAACCCCUGGUAGGGAGAGGAAAAGGAGGAAAGCCCUUGUCUUGUUUCCAAGACAAUAGGUAGCUGGGUAGAUAUUAAGACUCGGCCCUCCAUACACACACCCUGCCCCCACAGUCUCCCCAGUCCUGCACCGUGCCCCAAGGUAAGGGGGAUCUUUAGGAAGAUGGUGCUGCCUACGGUGUUCCUGCUGCUGUCCGCCUGCAUCGGAGCAGCCCAAGGCCUGGGCUCUUUCGUGCACUGCGAAGCGUGCGACGAGAAAGCCCUGUCCAUGUGCCCCCCGAGCCCCCUGGGUUGCGAGCUGGUCAAGGAGCCCGGCUGCGGCUGCUGCAUGACCUGCGCGCUGAACGAGGGGCAGUCGUGCGGGGUGUACACUGAGCGUUGCGCCCAAGGGCUCCGUUGCCUCCCCCGACAGGACGAGGAGAAGCCCUUGCACGCCCUCCUGCACGGACGCGGGGUCUGCCUGAACGAAAAGAGCUACCGCGAGCAAGCCAAGAUCGAAAGGGAGUCCCGGGAGCAUGAGGAACCAACCACUUCAGAGAUGGCUGAGGAGACCUACUCCCCAAAAGUUUUCCGGCCCAAGCACGUUCACCUCUCUGAAAUGAAGGCUGAGGCUCUGAAGAAAGACCGCCGGAAGAAGCUGACCCAGUCCAAGUUUGUUGGCAUUGCUGAGAACACUGCCCAGUCCCGGGUCAUCUCUGUCCCUGAAAUGAGACAAGAGUCUGAACAAGGCCCCUGCCGCAGACACAUGGAAGCUUCUCUGCAAGAGCUCAAAACUAGCCCCCGCAUGGUUCCCCGGACUGUUUACCUGCCCAAUUGUGACCGUAAAGGCUUUUAUAAGAGGAAACAGUGCAAGCCAUCUCGGGGCCGCAAACGUGGCAUUUGCUGGUGCGUGGACAAGUACGGGAUGAAGCUGCCAGGGAUGGAAUAUGUUGAUGGAGAUUUCCAGUGUCACAGUUUUGAUAGCAGCAAUGUUGAGUGAGGCAUCCCUCCCAUCCCUCAUCCCUUGCCCCUUCACCCCCCCCAUCCCCGGCUUUUCCCCAGUUCCCUCCCCUUAUUCCAGCCAGUGCCCCUCUCCACCCUGAGGAUGCCACUCAUUUCAUCUCAUUUAAGGGAAAAAAAUAUUUGAAGAAACUGAGGACCUCGGAAUCUUUAGCAAGUUCUCAACCUUUUGUUUUUUAAGCAACAACAACAGAGACAGAAUAAGCCAAGAAGACACCCCCUUUUUUGGUUGAUGGGGUGAAGAGUGGGGUGGUAAGGAGAAUGAAUGGAGAAGGGAAGAGAGGAAGAGGAAAAUAGAGAGCAUGUGACAGAAGAGAAACACUGAGAAGGACACAAAAAGUCAAGAAAAGCAAGAAAGACAAGAGGAGAAGUAAUUAGUAACCUGUAGUGGCCCACAGCCUGCUGUCAAGAGGGACCCUUAGCUGGGAAAUGGUUUUGCCUGGGGAGGGCCUGGGCUAUUAGGUGGGAUCCAACUGCUUGGUGAGAGUCUUUUCAGUUUGCUUUGGUGGAAAGAGAAGAGAGGUUUUGGUGGUAGAAGAAAGGGCAAACCAGGGCUAGGCUCUCCCGGGUCUCCUCCUUUAGUCAGCUCCCAAGGCCUCUUCAGGCUUAUCAUUCCUCUCCCCUCACCCCCUGAUUCUUCCAAGGUUUAUCUAAAAAUGAUAAUGCAUUCCAUUACUGUUUUAUUUUUUAAAAAAUUCAGACUUCUGAGUGAUCCUAGCUUGGUAGGAUUUUCUGGACAGACAUAUACUGACACAUUAUAUGCAUGUAUGUCUGUGUGUAUCUUUCAGGCUGCAUACAGACGUAACCAGUCAUUACUACAUACACAGCCUUGGAAUUUCCUUUUCUUCCAAGGUGACUAAAAUAAUGCCAAGGGUGUGGAUAUGGAUUUUUUUUUCAAUUCUUAGUGUAGCCUCCUCAGGGGAGGAUGGACUGGCAAAGCAUUUGUGUGGACUUGUAUUUAUCCACAAGGCUAUAUGUCUACAUAUAGAGAUAUAUACUUUUAUAUCUUUUUUCUUCUCUCUCUGUCUCUCUCUCUCUAAAUGGUUUGCAUUGACUUUCCAAAAAUAGUUUCAAUGGGCACUGAAGACUCUUUCCAGUCUGGAAAAGCCAAGAAAAGCCCAGACUCCCCCCCCCUCCCCCCACCCAACACUAACCAAAAUACCAGCAUCAUCUGCCUGCCACUUUUUGGGCGGAGAGGUCUCUCCCAAGCAGAGAGCUCAAGCAUGUGUUUUUUGUGAAGUUUAUAAGAUAAACCCAUCAACAUUUUGCAUCAAUGCUUUCCCACGACCCUGUGGCUAUCCCAGCCUGGGAGUCUGGGUGGGCAUGUACCCAGGCAAUUCUGUGCCUGUAUACACACAGACAUGCUCUUCUCUCCUCAACACCUCCAUUUUUUAUUUCUUGUAGCCCUCCAGAAAUAACUCUCUGGCUUUUACACUAAACUGAGUUGGGCCCUUUAGCUCACAAACAUAACCCAAGCCACAGGUUAUGAGAUAGAAAUUUGUGGUUUCCCAGCCUUUGGGUUUCAGCUGGAUGGAGACUGCAUUUUGAAACCCUCUUUCUCAGCCUUCACCUUGGGAGAGGGGAUGAGAGGUUGAAAUGACAGGUAGCUAAGAGGGAAAAAAGUAGAGAGAGCCUAUAUCAGAACUUUGGCUUAAUUCUAUCCCUGUUGAGAAAGCAAUUAACAAGGGCCUUCCCCAGUGCCUUGGAGAUGGAUAGAUAGUGAUUCCUUGCCUAUCUCAUUCCAGCAUCAGAGCACAGGGGAGCAGGGCAGAGGUAGUCUUCCCAGACUUCCCUCCCCACCCUGGAUACAAGAACAAACAGACAGGAGAGAAAAGGACAUACCCUGUUCCAUUCUGGGAAACUUUGCUUCCCAGAGGACAUCUAGACUCCUUCAAGCCAGAAGUUUUGAACAAGGAGGAAGCACCCAGAGAGGGGAAAGGACAGAAUAUGGUUUAAAUAGGUACCAAAAGUGGAUGGAAACUGGAAGAGAGCUGGAGGGUCAGGAGAGGGACGAGGGAGCCACUAUGGUGAAGCAGGUUUGAGGCCAAAGUUUCUUUCUUUUGGCUUCUCAUUCCACACCGGUCUGCUACUUCUUCCUUCCUCAAAAGGGAGGGACAGGAUGAUGCCAGAGACGUUUUGGCUGACAUGGGUCAUUUGGUCUGGUAAUAACAAGAAUUCUGACCCAAGCUCACCCUCCCUCCUUCCUUUUCUGCUACAGGAGUGGGAAGAGACAUUUCUCUUCCUUAGUGGAUGGGGUAGCUUUGAGACCAAACGUUGGUCAGAUGGAGACAAGGAAGCAGGAAUGGACACUGGCAGAGAAUCCAUCCCUUUAUGGAUACAUCCUUUCAAAACACAUACCUUUUCCCUAGUGUCACACUCCCAAGAAGACCAACCUCAAACUCAUCCCACCUUAAUCUGGGGAGAACAUGGCAGAGAAGCAUGCAUCCUCCAUUGAAGGGAAUAUUCAAAGCUGUAGAA